CAGCCGCACGCGGCAGGGCUGACUGCUGAGAUCAUUCGCAUUCCACCGCGAGCGAGAUGUGAAGCACAGCGUGGACUUUCUUUUACUGUGUCCUCAAGUGUCUCCUGGGGCUUUUUGGAGGACCAACAUGUCCAACUCGAAGGAGUCCAGCGCCUGCCCGGACGGGUACAGGGCUCUGAGCACCGGCGAACUGCGGGAGCUUUUACAAAACGACGACAAAAUGGAGCAAAUCAUUCGACUCGAUGAGAAGUUUCAGGAGCUUCAAGUGGACAGAGAGAUGCUGCUGGCGUCCAAUAGGAGCGUGGCGGACGAGAGUCUGGCCCAAAGGCCACGCCUGAAUAACGGCAAACUCCAGUUGGCAGAGAAAUAUAAGGAACUGUCCAACCUGGCGUCCACUUGUUGGGAAAAACAGAGUCAGCUUGGGACACGAGUCCAAAAGCACAGCCUGCAGACUGCACAGAACCUCCUGCAGGAAGAGGUGGCACGUGCCGAGGAGCGCUCAGAGGAGCUGCUGGACAAGUUCAUGGAGGGGAACGUAAGCCUAGAUGAGUUCUUGGACUCCUUCCAGAGCUCCAGGAGGACUUAUCAUAUCCGGCGAGCACAAGCGGAGAAGAUGCAGGAGAUGAGCCGCUCCAAGAGGCAAGCGGGUAAAGGCGAGGAGAAGGGGGACACGGGAGGGGAAGUCCCCUCCGAGCGCCUCCUCCCGGACCCUCCGCGGCCCAACGGCUUCGUAGCGCAGGGACCUCUCCGGGUGUUCCAGGUGCGCUACGGACUCACGCCGGCCAUCCUCCUCCCGCAUUACCCCGUGUCUCCGCCGAACCACCAAAACAGGACUCCCCCUCCGCCAGAGCCGCCCCACCAGGGGCACAUCUUCAGCCCCGGCGGCGCCCCUCCACUGUCGGGGCACGGACAGCCGGUCGGCCUCAGGGUCAUCGGGCAGCUGCCGGGGGGUUGGCCAGCAAACGGGCGGCCUGUGCGUUUGCAGCAGCUCUACAGGCCCAACCCUCAACAGCCCGAACCGCCGUUCCGAUAGGCCGGGAAGAGAACGAGCUGCUUUGAAAGGUCUCGGAUCCCAGGAAAGACGGGGGCGCCAUCCGUCUCCGUCCACACAGGAAGCUGCCAGCACGUAGACGACACGGACCCGUGCACUUAUGUCCCAAAAGAGGAGCCGCGACAGAAAUGCCUUCCAUCAGGCGACUGCGGUGCAAAAGACAAAAGAUGUCUUAUUUAUUGUCGCACACGUGAUGAUCUACUGAAAGUCAUUCAGCCUCUUUGGGUUUUUAGAUUUAUUCCUCUAAAUCCUAUUUCAAAUGGCCGUCUUCAGAGAUGCUAAAGGGAGACCUGCUUUUCUUUUCAAUGCAGACGUUCCCACCCCCCUCCCCCUCCCCCAUCCCCUUCAGUGCUCAGAGUGGAGGAUUUCAGUCUCCAUGGGAGGAAGUCAGACUGGUUAGCGGCGCUCCUGCAGCUUUUGGGAUUAGAAUAAUUCUCCAAUUAUUCCACGACUUGGUGUGAUGUUUUUUUGUUAUUUUUUCAAGUCAUUGUUAGCGAAGCUUUCCUUGUGUGGGUGCCCACUUCCACCAAUCAGCUCUCUUUAAUGGCAUCUUUUAACCAUGUCGAGCUCACUUCCUGUUUACGUACCCGCAUUUCUCUGGACAUCACAGGUUCACACUUCCAUAAUUCAACAUGAAGAAUGAUUCAUUUUCUUGAUUGACAUCUACCAGCUUACACUUCACAGUUUUUAGUCAUGGCCAAAACUGUGACCUAAAUGCAUCUUAAGAGUUUCCCAGUGUGCUCAAAUAUUGUUUCAUAUUUCUGGAGGAGGACUAAAUCCUCUGAAGAUUUAAGGAUUGGGAAAAAUAAUUCCUACCCUGAAGCUUCAAUUUAUUAGGUUUGUCAAAUCAGACGAUCUUAUGCCGUAUUUCCUCAAAUAAUAUUCUCCCAUAGACGCUGCCCUUCAGUUAAUCAGGGACAUUUUCUUCAAUAACAGCCCCUCCCACUAGGAUCCAUCCAUUCUAUCCUCAUGAGGGUAUGAGUAGGGUAUGCUGGAGCCUAUCCCAGCUGGACUGGUCACCAGCCGAGCACAGGGCACAUAUAGACAUACUACAACCCUUCUUACUAGAUUCCCUCAUCAACCUAACAUGCAUAUUGUUGGAAUGUGGGAGGGAACCGGAGUACCCGCAGAACACCCGCCCGCCCACCCACGGAGAGAACAUGUCAACUCCACGCAGAGAUGACCAAUGGAGAUUGGAACCAAGAGCUAUUCACAUCUGACUGUGUGGCCAACAUGCUAACCACUAGUAUUAUAAAAUUCACUUUCUAUAUUCAAAUGCAUACAGCCGUACAAAAAGGCAGGCAGUGUUCCCCAUUAAAGACACCCAAGAAUAAAUUCAUUUGAUGGAUGUGGAGGAAACAAUGUGGAAUGAUUCUAAAUGAUGAAUAAAUGGAACGUACAUGCUGGUGAGAUUGAAUUCAGCAGUGAUUCUCACCUUCCUAUCAAAUUGUUGGCACUGAACAAACUGCUUUGUUGCGUGCCAUAUUGUACGAAAAUCAGCCACUUUUACUCUCGUAUUUUCCCACCAAUCUAUGACUAAAUCCUGGUGUUUUGUGGUUGUAUACAGCCUGUUAUCAAACAAUGCAUAUUUAAGCAGAUUUUACAUAUUUUUUUUCCUAAAUGAAGCGUUUUCCAGUAUAAAAAUGGCCAAAUGGAGUAAAAUCUAAAUAUAAGGCAUUCAGUGUCAUGUCAUAAUGUAGUAUUCUACACUUCUCAUUAAGUGUCAUGAAUACUCUGUGAGACACACAAGCACCAGACUUUUACUGCAGCUUUAAAUGAUGUCACAACAGCCACAAUAAUCCCUAACACAGCUGUAUUGUUGAUAAAGAUAAAACUCACGUCCUAACACCCGACUUCCUGUUGGUCCCCCGCUCAGCUCCACCAGCACCGCAACACACGACAACGCACGAGUCUGAUUUAUGUGAUUGUGUCUACUAUAUUGGCUAAUAGUCUGCCAUGUUGGGUUUUGCCCAAUAAAAUAAGGCAUUAAACCUCAGUUUGCAACACUGCAUUGGCGGGUGAAGCGAGUGGCGGAUGUGGGCGGACCUUCCCGACCAUUCAUGCCGUCCCACCUCCCAUUUUAUUCUUGGGUUUUGUGUACACAGGACUUUUUUUUUUUUUUUUGAAUUGCCUAAAUGUCCACAUGAUGGUGAUGCAACUGAGCAGUGUUUGGCUGUCCACUCAGGAAAGAAAAAGAAAUCCACUCCCAAUGAGUGGUUUUGUUGUUGUUGUUAAAGAGUUAUUGCGUCAUUUUGGUCUUCUGUUGGUCAUUUGUGGCUAAAAACAAAUGUAUUGAUAUAAGUAGCCCACAUACAGUAACCACUCUCCCGGGGAGUGCUCAUUGCUGUCCGGUCUCCUCUAUGCGGGAUUCUUCCCCAGCCGCCACCUUUUAACAUUGACAUUCACACAAAAGUAUUGGGACACAGGAACUUACCAGCGACUCACCUGAGAGAGAUGUCUCCAGACUGUUCUUACAAACGUCUUAACUGUCUGGACCAGGGGUGCUCACACUUUUUCAGCAUGCGAGCUACUUUUAAAAUGACCGAGUCAAAAUGAUCUACCCACUACAAAAAUGCAAAACAUCUAUUUAUUUUCAAAUGUAUUGAGGAUUAUUUGUACGUACAAUGUAUGUUGAUGUACCUUACAUAACCAAAUGAGCCAAUAUUGCAAAACACACAUAAUUAACUAUUAACAUUUUUUGUAAUUACCUGAGUUUACUUUGAUGACUUGCACUGAAUUGAACCAGCCAGGGAUGCAUAGUCCGGACAGUAGCUGCUGAUAGCCAGCCUCAAGCACACUUCCAAAUGUUUAUCAGUCAUGGAUAAUAUCCGUAUCAUAAUAUCCGUAUAAUAUUCCAUAUCCGUAUGGAAGUGAUAUGUUUUUGCCUUUUUACUUGGUCCAGUUUUUGCCUUUUUACUUGGUCCAGCUCCUUCACUCAUUUUAGUGACCAUAAACUUUAGCGAGGGCUUAAAAUCUCGCAAUUCGCCGACUAGCUUAGCACUUUGCAUCGUUGUUUACGCAUGAGCGGUGACCUAAAGGUCAAAAUUCAGUUGUCAUCUGACUGGUUGUCCUGUAUGUCAAUCAAGUAACGGGGAUGGAUGAUAGGCUGACAUCGUAAGUUCUGCUGCACUUAGAGACGUUGUUUGAUUUGAUUGGUCGCCCGAAGGGCAACAUUCAGUUGUCAUCUGAAUGGCUGCCCUGUAUAUCAAUCAAGUGACGGCAUUGAUGCUAGGAUGAUAUUUUUUUUAUGUCACGCCGCGAUCGACCAGCGAUCGACCAGCGAUCGACCAGUACCACCUCCGCGAUCGACUUAAUGAGCACCCCUGGUCUGGACUGUCCACAAGGUAAAUAAGAGGUGGCUUGUGUGAUGUCAUUGGAGCUAAGACGUGCAUCAUGAUCCACAUCAAGUCCACGUUGAAAGGAAAAAAGCUUGUGUUGCAGUACAGGAGCCAUUCUUGAAAAUGACAAUGGUCUUUUAUGUCGGCUCAAGAUGUGCAAGCGUACCUAAUAUUGUGUCCGUUAAGUCAAGCUGCAUAAAUGAAGGCUGCUGGGGAAGUUCCUGUGCAUGCUGGCCUCCACGGUACGGUACAGUACGGUACAGUACGAUAUGCAACAGGACGGAAUUGGACACUGCUUGUGAACAUCUUGGCUAUUUCCCUCUCCGACAUCCAAGUGACCUUACACAACAUGUUUACAUUCCCAUUCGCCUCUCAUGGAGUUGUCAAUAAAGCACAUUUGCUACUCUGAACCAUGUGACGUGUUUCUAUCACGGUGUGCUGCUCUGCUUUGUCUUGGCAGGGUUGCUUGGUUGGUUUGUGAACACCCGUUUCUACAUCUUAAUGCUAUUAAGAUGUUCUUUGGCUACGGAGCUUUUCACAGCUCAAAGCUGGAAGGCGAUAGUUCACCAGGAAUAGGGUUAGAAAUCAAUUUGUGACAAACCAUGUGCUAAUACAAGUUUAAAAUGAACAAACAUACUUAAUGAAACGUUUUUCCAUAAUGCAUUGUGUCUGAACAACGCAUUCAUUGGGGUGCUGCAAUGAUGUCAGCCUCUCCCUGGGCUCCUUUGGCUCCCUCUGGUGGACAGAGGCGGCAUUGUAGUGCCAUCCAUCCAAUUUCGGCAACAUUUUUGAUACCAUAUUCAUUCAUUCAUUUUCUACCGCUUUUUCUUCACGAGGUUCGGGGGGGGUGCUGGAGCCUAUCCCAGCUGUCUUCGGGCGUAAGGCGUGGUACACCCUGGACUGGUGGCCAGCCAAUCACAGGGCACAUAUAGACAAACAACCAUUCACACUCACAUUCAUACCUAUGGACAAUUUGGAGCGGCCAAUUAACCUAGCAUGUUUUUGGAAUGUGGGAGGAAACCGGAGUACCCGGAGAAAACCCACGCAUGCACAGGGAGAACAUGCAAACUCCACACAGAGAUGCCCGAGGGUGGAAUUUAACCCUGGUCUCCUAGCUGUGAGGUCUGUGCGCUAACCCCUAGACCACUGAUACCAUCUUUUCAUUGAUAAUUAUGAGGUGUAAUGUCCAUUUGAACCACUAGAUGGUAUUCAAGUAACAUGAGCUUCAGUCACAUUAGCUUGACACAGAAGUUAAUGGGAGUACUUCAUUCAUUUUUUGUCCGGCUUGUCCUCACGAGGGUCGUAUCGAAACCUUAAUUACUCAGAAGUAUUUAACAUUGUAAUUGGAAUGGCCUGAGGUUUUUAAUUUUAAAAAAUACAAAAAAAAACAAUAGUGGCCAUGUAAGAUGUAAUGUUUUUCAUGUCCAUGUCGUCUUUCAUUCGGGUGCAUUGUUCAGGAAGUGCUGUUGUGUAUUUUUUUGACAACCGAAAAGGAUGGUGGUGUUUUCAGUUUUUCGUGUUACCCUGCUUCCUCGUCACUACAAAACCAAAAUAUUACAACACCGGGAAUGUUGCGCUCGCCUUAGAAAUAUCUGUGAUUCGUGUUAGCGGAUGCUAUCUCACGAGGCCUUUGUGUUUGGAAGCUGGUGUUGAUGUGUCGGCUCACUAGUAGCCCAUCCUCCACCAAGAGACCGAAUAAGAGGAGAGAGGUUCACUUCCCCCUGUUUAUUCACACAGACAGAUGCAGAGUGAGCCCUCUUGUCAUCCAGCCUGUGCAGCACACAGAGACUAACAGAUGGUGCACAAGCAUACACGUACAUGUCCGUUUAUCGAGGGCUCAUGCUUUCUUUUAAUCGUCCCAUGAAUGUAUUUAUCUAUUAUGGUGGCAGGCCUAAUGCUGCUGGUCCUCCAAUCGAAUGCUUUGCUCAGACAAAAUAUGAGAAAACUUUGAAAUCUAUAUUUUUCAUUGUAAGUUUAGAGUUCUUUAUAAGAUGAGUCAGACUGUUAUGUUGAGUUAUGACCUGCCAUUAUGUAUGUUUUGCAAGCUAAUAGGAUGCUAAUUGUGAUUUUAAAAAUACAUAAAGAACUCAGACUCCCGCCUCAGAGUAUUAAUAACACGAGCAUAUGGGACAGGAACCAGAAAAGUCACACACCAUUCCUUCCUGCGGAUUACAUCACAAGUCACUCACGUUUUUGCAGCGGAUUCCUAAAAACACCAGGUCUUUGACUCGUGUUGUUUUUGCAGUACUAUGUCUUUAAAAACAAAACAAAUACAAAGCAUGGGUUUCCAACGUGUGGGCCGGGAGCCAUCCCACGACUGUUUCUUUACUGGCCCACAGCACAAUCCAAAAAUGGAAUUUUUAAACUUUUUAACAUUUUAAAACAGCACAAAUGAGACAAUUUGUAAUAUUACAAGCAUAAAGUUUGGACACCAUAUGGAGGUCUUGGAUGUCAUUGUUAUGCAGAUAUAGACAUCUAAAGACAUUUAAAGACAUCAGAGACAUCUUUUGUUCUCUGGCCGAGCAGCUCUGCACUGCUUCAUUAUUCAUAGGCUGCUGGUUAAGUCAAAGCAGAGCUGGGGCGCCCUCUAGUGGCCAGUUGUCAACACGUGCCCCGCUAUCACACUUAGUCGUGUUACAAUGCCCUCUAGUGGCCAGUUGUCAACACGUGCCCCGCUAUCACACUUAGUCGUGUUACAAUGCCCUCUAGUGGCCAGUUGUCAACACGUGCCCCGCUAUCACACUUAGUCGUGUUACAAUGCCCUCUAGUGGCCAGUUGUCAACACGUCCCCCGCUAUCAAAAUGAUAGCCGUGUUACAAUGCCCUCUAGUGGCCACUCGUGUUAUUUAUGUAGUACUUUAGCCACUUGAAUGACCAAAAAUCGAAUCAAGCUUCAUAAAAAAACAUAAAAUAAGCGAGACUUUAUUGUGGAAAUCAAUGUUUUUAUUGUGUAACCACAAUGGUUGCAUUUAGCAGAUCUGUCAGGAUGACUUCAGUGUUUAAUGACAAAGUGCUAAAAGGCUGUGAUGAUAUUAUUUUAUAUUUGAACCUCCCCCACGAUGUAGUUUUUCAUUAAAACAGGCUCAGAGCUUAAUCUCCUACUGUGCCAAACACCACUUGAACCCCUUUUUUCAUUUUAAUGCACACUUGGCUCAGAAUCCUUCACAACGUCCGAAGUCCAACCAUCAGGAAUUUGCUGGUCAGAUUAGCUUUUUGUUACGGCUACGGACAAGUGUGACGAUAGCCAUAGAACCUGUAAAACAAUCCAAAAGCUGUAAACAACCUGGCUGCUCAGCACGGAAUGGCUGAGCCAAGUGUACUACACUAGACUAGAACUUUUUUACGCUUGAAAAUGCUUCAUGUAGGCCAACGAUGCGUAACAUUUGCUUAAAUAUGCAUUUUUGACUAAUAAUAGGCCGCCCACGAUAACUGAAUUUCAACAAAGUAGGAUUCAAUGUAGUUAUGACUUUCUAAAUAUAGAUUAUUAUUAUUAUUAUUAUUGGAACCAAAGAGAUGAAAUAACACCUUUCCAUUCCUAUUAUUCUUUGUGCGGGCGAUGAGACCUCUUCCUGGAGAUAAAAAAACUAGUUAGCCUCUCCAAACAGUGUUUCAAACAGUUCAAAGAAUUCACCACUUCCACACAAGUUGAGAGGGUCCUUUCAGUCAUGGCACGUCGGCCCGGCCUCCAUGCAGUGUGACAGGUAACGUAGUCUAGGUCGUGUAUCAUAACGUUACUGAUCCUCGUGACCAUCACAAGAAUUCCUACUGUAGUAGUGGGAUUUAGUAAAGCUCCGACAGGGAUUCUAUUUGGAUCUGCUUACCUUCUUUUUACACUUCUAAGAUUUUUUUUUAAGUGCGAUGCAUUUCCACGCAAGUAGUAGGUCUAAUAGUAAUCCUUCAUCGUCAAAGAUGGAUGUUUUUUUUUAUUUCAACAGUGCUUCUUUUUACACUUGCAUGCUGUCCAGUUUCCCCCAGGAAGAGAUGGGAUCCAGAGAAGGAUGCCGUCACGGCGGCGCC